AUGUUUACCUCGUCUAACUUUCAGCUGCAUCUCCUGGUCCUCCAUAACGAACGCUGGUAAUUACUGGCAGAAACUGAUAACACAAUGCAGCUGCAGGCGAGUUGUGUCAGCUGACUCUUGCUGCUUCCGUAUUUUGUUGCCAUGUGCCACACGACAAUAUUCCGGACAGAAAUAUCGAUAUUAAAAAAUUGUUCUUCCUUGAAAGAGUACCAAAUGCUGUGAUACGUUACGCGGGAUGAAUCAAACGUGUUUCCAUUAUUACUGUUAAAAUAGUUGAUUAAUUGAAUAGCUAAUCAACUGAGCGAUGAGUAAGGUAUCUCGGUCCACUUCGACGGGCAGCCAGACCCCCCGUAUGAUUUGAAAUUAUUUACUUUCAGUUAUCCCAAAAGGAAGUUAGCGCAAAUUAGACUGUGAGGCUGGAUGCGUGAUGAUGGAGGCCGGAGGUGAUGAAGAGGUUGCAGAUGGCCAAAAUAUUCAGUCAUCUAACGCUAAUGUGUGGCCUUCCGAGUCCAGAGAUGAGACGCUUAAUGUGUCUCCAGAGGACAUGGAUGUGGAUGAAGAUGAUUUGUUCAAACACUCGACCACUCUGACCAACAAGCAGCGUGGGAAUGAGGUUACAGUACGCCCAGCAACAUUAGACUCUCUGUCCAUACACCAGUUGGCUGCUCAAGGCGAGGUUUCACAAGUGGCUGCACACCUGAGCAAAGACAGUUCACUGCUCAGCAGACAGGAUGAACGGGGCUUUACACCUCUCAUGUGGGCAGCAGCGUUUGGAGAGAAAGCUGUGGUGGAUUUUCUCUUGGAAAAGGGCGCAGACCCCAAAACAAUUGCCAGGGAGCGAGAGAGUGCCCUGACACUGGCCAGCUCUGGAGGUUAUGUGGACAUUGUUGAGUCUCUUCUCAGUCAUGGAGUAGACAUCAACACUUAUGACUGGAAUGGUGGGACCCCUCUUCUAUAUGCUGUACGAGGGAACCACAUCAAAUGUGUAGAGGCACUCUUAGCUAAAGGGGCAGACAUGACCAUUGAGUCUGACUCUGGGUACAGUCCAAUGGCCUUAGCUGUCGCCCUUGGACACAAAAAGAUUCAGAAAGUGUUGGAGGACCAUAUUCUGAAACUCUACAAGCCACCAACAUGAAACUAGCCAAAAUGAAUAAAUGGAAAGCACAGUCUGACACAGUUGAUCUCAGACCUACAACCAGCUGUCAUCGGUGGUGAGAUGGCCAAGAACUCAUUGUAAUGGACCAGUACAUAUGCAAAGACAUUUACACGGAGUAAACUAUAUUGUUAUUUUACAAACAGUUUAUUCUAUUUGUAUUCAUUACAAUGUACAAAAACUUUGUACAAACAAGGACUAUAAUGUGACAGUUGUGCAGCAUAAUUAUUUUGUUUGGCUGACUGACAGCAAAUAAGGAGUAAACAAGUUUGUUUUUUU